UCUCUUCUCUUGCAGCCCCCCGAGGUCCUGAAAGAGUCGGGCUGAAGACCCUUCCGGUGAGGGUUGGACCAGAAGGGCUGUUCCAAUUGGAGAACAGUGGAGCACGCUGUGGGCUGGACCCCUGGCACCCCACUUGUGGCUGGGACAGACUCCCUGCUUCCUUCUGGACAUGCCAGCCGUGCCUCCUUCCUGGCUCCUCGCCCUCUGCUCCGUGGGGCUGCUGGCCUCCCUCGGGUCAGCCAACCAACCGCCCCCCAACAUCGUCCUGAUUUUUGCAGACGACCUGGGCUUUGGAGAUCUGGCCAGCUAUGGACACCCCAGCUCCGCCACCCCCAACCUGGACAAGAUGGCCGCCGAGGGCCUGCGCUUCACGGACUUCUACAGCAGCAGCCCCGUCUGCAGCCCUUCCAGGGCAGCCCUCCUGACGGGACGCUUCCAGACCCGUUCGGGCAUCUAUCCCGGCGUCUUUUAUCCCGGCUCCCAGGGAGGCCUCCCGCUGGCCGAGGUGACGGUGGCCGAAGUGCUGAAGGAGCGCGGCUAUGCCACGGCCAUGGUUGGCAAGUGGCACCUGGGCCUGGGUCCCAACGGCAUGUUCCUGCCCACCAACCAAGGCUUUGACCACUUCUUGGGGGUGCCCUACUCGCACGACCAGGGCCCCUGCCAGAACCUGACCUGUUUCCCACCCAGCACUCGGUGCUUUGGGGUCUGCGACCAGGGAGUGGUCCCCGUCCCCCUCUUCCUGAAUGGGAGCAUCGCGCAGCAACCAAUUUACCUCCCCCACCUGGAGGGCCACUACAACGCCUUUGCCCGGGAUUUCAUCACGGCUUCUGCUCAGCGCAAGCAGCCUUUCUUCCUCUACUAUGCCUCCCACCAUACCCAUUAUCCCCAGUUCGGGAGCCAAAACUACACUGGCCGAUCCUCUAGGGGGCCUUUUGGGGACUCCCUCCUGGAGUUCGAUGGAAGCGUCGGCUUCCUCCUGCAGGCUUUGCAGGAGGCCGGGGUGCACAAAAACUCACUGGUGUUUUUCACAUCUGACAAUGGCCCUGAGACGAUGCGCGGUUCCCGAGGAGGAAAUUCUGGCUUGCUCAAAUGUGGGAAGGGGACGACCUAUGAGGGGGGCAUGCGGGAGCCAGCUGUGGCUUAUUGGCCGGGACGCAUUGCGCCAGGGGUGACCCAUGAGCUGGCCAGUUCCUUGGACAUCCUGCCCACAGUGGCUGCGCUGGCUGGGGCGCGUCUCCCCAACGUCACGCUGGACGGAUACGACCUGAGCCCCGUCCUCCUUGGGAAAGGAAAGAGCCCCCGUCAGACCAUGUUCUUCUACCCCCCAGCACCUGAUGAGCUGUUUGGGGUCUUUGCUGUCCGCUAUGGAAAGUACAAAGCUCACUUCUUCACCAAAGGAGCCUUCAACAGUGCUGCCACCCCUGACCAGGCCUGCAGCGGCUUCACUGCUCUCACCCCCCAGGAGCCCCCCCUGCUCUUCGACCUGGAGACGGACCCUGCGGAGAACUACAACCUCCUGCCAGCCGGGGCCCACAAGCCCCAAAUCCUGAGGGUCCUUAAGGAGACCCGCCUGCUGAAAGCCGCCUUCGACCAGGAGAUGACGUUUGGGGAGAGCCAGUUGGCCCUGGGGAGCGACCCCUCGCUUGAGCCGUGCUGCAGCCCCCAGUGCAGCCCCAAGCCCUCCUGCUGCCGCUGUGGCCCUUAGCCCCCUCCCCACCCAAUCCUUCCUCGCACAGCCCACCCGUAGCCCAGCUCUUCUUCCCCUGGACAGCAGAGCGGGUUUGGUUUAGCCCACUCCCAAGGAGUUUUUGCAAUUAUUUUUUAAUCAGGGGAGGGAAACCAAUCCCCCCCCCCCUUUGCUUUCUGAAUCAGGCAGGUCCUGAAAUGCUGAGCAGCCAUUUCUGCUGGACGGCAAGUCCAGGUGCCCAGCCUUAGCCGGGGGAGGACGGUGGAUCUCCUGCAGCCGCUGCACUUCUGCCCUCCCUGAAAACUCCAGACGCCCCAGGACUGGAGAGAAUGCACUCCGUUCUCCCCCCUCAAAGACUUUGGGGGGCUGGAGGCUGGAGGGAAUUGGCUUCGGAGUCCAGCUUUUGUGUCGUGGGGAGCAGAACUAGGGGCAGUGGGGGGGUUCUAAGAGCCGAGGUGGCACAGUGGUUAGAGUGCAGCACUGCAGGCUACUUCAGCUGACUGCAGUUCUGC